AUGGGCGUCUACCUGUCCUCACCCUUCAUCGGACGGAUAGUCGACCGCCGAGGCCCGAAACCGACACUCGUUUUUGCCGCCUUUGCCCUCACCGCGGGCUACUUCAUCAUACGAGCUUUCUACCUCGCCGGUGCGGCAGAAGGAGGGUUGUUCGAGCGCUUUGGGCUGCCAGGACUGGUUGCGGCGGAACUCUUGACGGGAAUGGGUUCGACGGCAGGACUGAGUUCGGCAGGAAACAGCGUCGCCAAGUCGUUCAGAAAGCGACGAGCGGCAGCUCUCUCGGUCGUCUUGUCCGGCUUUGGAUUGUCGGCCUUCCUCUAUUCGACCCUCUCCUCCCUCUUCCUCCACCCUCGCCACCGCUCCUCCUCCUCUCGCCCAUCCUCGUCUCUCUCCGAAAUCCUCGCGCUUAAGGAGCGAGCGCAAGAAUACGACCUAACCUCCGACUUCCUCCUCCUCCUCGCACUUGGAAGUCUCGUCAGUAUGCUUGUCGGGCUGGCGUUCGUUAGGCCUGUCUUGCGAGAGGCGGAGGCGGUCAAGGACGCUUCGACGACUGUUGGGGAAGAAGAGGAAGGGGUCGAUGCGGAGAGCGUCGCAGCGGAAAUCGACACUGAGCGACCUGGUUCUUUGCCUUCCGCUCGCGCUUCCCCGGAGCGCACCCCGCUUCUCCGCUCUCAAUCGUCAAAGUCGACGUCGUCGGUCGUCCCGGAUCGCAACAUCACCGGGUUGGCGUUGCUGCGCGAGCUGGACUUUUACUUGAUCUUCCUCUUCAAUGGGCUGUGUGCCGGCGUCGGGCUUUGCUACAUCAACAACCUCGGGACCGUCGUCCGCGCCCUUUCCCCCUCCUCCCCCUCAGUGCCCAAUUCCGCCAUCCUCCAAUCCCGCCUCGUCUCCCUUCUCUCCAUCUUCAACUGCCUCGGCCGCCUUUUCUCCGGCUUCGGCUCCGACUAUCUCCUCCACCACCGUCUGCUCCCCCUUCCCCGAGUCUUCUGGCUUCCCCUGACCGCCUCACUCCUCCUUUCCUCGCAACUCGCCGCACUAGCGGUCUCCAGCCCUAGAGCGCUGUGGAUUCCGACUGCAUUGACGGGCCUCGCGCAUGGAUGUUUGUUCGGGUUGAGCGGUAUCAUUGGGUUGGAGAGGUUCGGAAUCAAGAGUUGGAGUCAGACGAAUGGAGUAUUGGCGCUUGCUCCUGCUGUGUUCGGCCAAUCUACCAACCUCCUCUUCGGGACAAUCUACGACUCCCGCGCCGUCCUCGUCGGCAAAGCGCGCUACACCCCUGCAUUCUGGAUGACGAGCGGGAUGGCGCUGUGUGCGGUUGGAACUGGGGCGUGGUUGGCGGGCGGGAGGGAGGAGAUGAGGAGGAGGGCCGGGUAG